CCGCUUCCUCUCUUGUUGUCUUCAUGUCUUGUAUGUGAAAAGCGAAGCGACGAGUCGUUUAUUCCAAAAUCCCUAAAUCAGGGUCGAUUUCUUCCAGUCGGAUAGAUAUGGGAGCGACGGGAAGCGACGUAGAGGCCGGAUUUGCGAAGCUACAAGGAGAAGACUUCGAGUACUAUAUGCAAACAUACUCAAUAAUCUUAGGCCGGAACUCGAAAAAAUCCACCGUCGAUGUCGACCUCUCAAGCCUUGGCGGUGGGAUGAACAUAUCACGCCACCACGCGCGCAUCUUCUACGAUUUCACGCGACGCCGUUUCGCACUUGAAGUACUCGGCAAGAACGGUUGCCUAGUCGAAGGCGUACUCCACCUGCCAGGAAACCCUCCGGUCAAGUUGGAUUCACAAGAUCUGUUGCAAAUCGGAGAUAAAGAAUUUUACUUUUUGCUCCCUGUUAGGAGUAUUUUGGGCGGGGCGUUAGCGCCUAGGCACCACGUGGCGGUUGUGCCGCAGUAUGGGUAUCAUUCCGGUGGGGCGGAUAGGAUGGUGGGACCGGUUUCGGUUGCGACGGUUAAGAAGGGGAGAGCGAGGGAGUUUUACGAGGAGGAGUUUGAUGAUGAGGAGGAUGUUGGUGGCAGUGGUGGUGGUGGGAAGAAGAUGAGGAGAGAGGGUUAUGAAGGGUAUGGAUAUGGAAGUGGGUCUGGUGGUAAAGCAGGAAUGGCUGGAGCUGUAGGAGAAAAGAAGAUGGAGGGAAGAUCAAGGAUUGAUCGCGAGUCUGACAAUCAACAACUUCUGCAGUUAGAGGAAAAAGAUGUAGUAUCAUCUGUUGCUACUGUGCUAUCUGAUCUUUGUGGUCCUGGAGAAUGGAUGCCCAUGGAGAAACUUCAUGCUGAGUUGGUCGAGCAAUAUAGCAGCAUAUGGCAUCAUUCUCGAGUAAGGAGAUAUCUCACAUCUGAGGACUGGACGGGUCCUGAAGCCAAGGGCAAACCAUGGUAUGGCUUGCUUAUGUUGCUAAGAAAAUAUCCAGAGCACUUUGUCAUCAACACAAGGUCCAAAGGCCGGGUGACACUGGAGUUUGUCUCUCUUGUCUCUCUGCUUACAUAACAUCACAAGAGCAUUACAGGGAAAUUCAUGUAGUUUGGUCCAGUUUUAAGCUGUUCAACUCCAACGCGAGAAAUUGCAGGUUGUUCACCCGUUGACACAUGUAAAUGAAGACCGGUAAUCUACCUUUUGUUGCUACUGUUUUCUAUCUUUUGAGAUGAAUGUUUGGACAUCAUGUUUUCUGCAAUGCGAGAUUGCAUCAUCUAGAACAGCUUUAGUAGUUUUUAUGUCCAUCUCGUGGAUGUAUUGAAAUAUGGAAAUUGCAGCAGUCCCUCCCUAA